AUGUCUACAGAAACAUCUGCAACCGCGCUCGUCUUGCACGGCGCAAAGGAUCUCCGUCUGGUAGGGCUGAUGAUCCCCGCGGUUUCCGAACAAAAUAACAGCGCAACUGACAUUCACGAACAGGAGAAACGAAGCGUCCCCGCCCCAACCGGCGCAGAUAUCCAAGUCGCCAUCACAGCCACUGGGCUCUGCGGCUCGGACCUGCACUACUACUCACACGGCCGCAAUGGUGACUUCGUCGUGCGCGAGCCCAUGUGUCUGGGCCACGAGUCCGCCGGCACCGUCACAGCCAUCGGCCCGGAAGUGGCAACCUUCAAAGUCGGCGACCGUGUCGCCCUGGAGGUUGGCCUGCCCUGCCGUAAGUGCGCCCUCUGCAAUCAGGGCCGCUACAACAUCUGCCGGCAGAUGCAAUUCCGCAGCAGCGCCAAGGUCUUCCCUCACCUCGAUGGCACGUUGAUGGAGCGCACCAACCACCCCGCCGCCAUGUGCCAUGCCCUGCCGGACAAUGUGUCCGACGUGGGUGGCGCGCUGGUCGAGCCGUUGGCCGUGUGCCUGCAUGCGAUCCGCCGCUCGCACCCGCCCACAAAGGAGGAGGUUGCGCUGGCGCACGCCGCUGGUGAAGGCACCGCGGCGCUGGUCUUCGGCGCCGGUGCCAUCGGCCUACUGAUUGCAUCUGCACUCGCGGUAUCAGAGAACUUCGACGCGAUCGUAGUGGCGGACAUCGACGCCUCGCGCCUGGAGAUCGCCGCCUCGCUCGGCCUCGGUCUCAAGACGGCCCUGAUCCCCCGCGGCGACCCUGCGAACCCGCCUCCACCCAAGGACGCCCCGCAUGCAGACCAGACCGCCUGGGCGCUCAAGAAUGCGCAAAGCGUCGCCGCCACCCUGACCGCGGCUGCGCAGACGGAAGGUCUCCCGGCCGUGUCUGGCUUCAGCCGUGUCUACGACUGCACAGGUGUCCCAGCUUGCGUGCAGGCGGGUAUCUACGCCUCCACGCCCGGCGGAGUACUCGUGCAGAUUGGCAUGGGGAACCCUAUUCAGACUCUGCCCGUUGGUGCUGCAGCCCUGCGCGAAGUUGAUAUCAUCGGCGUCUUCCGGUACGACGGGCAUGCCUACCCAGCUGCCAUUGCCUUGCUGGGUAGCGGCAAGAUGAAGAGCACGGAGGAGAAGGUCGUGACGCACAGACUGUCGCUUGAGGAGGGCGAGCGUGCGUUCACCCUCGCCGGUAAGGGCGUUGAUGAGAGCGGUAAGCCUGUUGUCAAGGUCAUUAUUGAGAACAAGCAAUAG